AUUUCGCUCGUCCUGAUAACGUUAAACCUUCCUUCUUGGCUAUUAACUCAACAACCCUUCUUUCCUUUCAGCUAAUGUGCUAUUCCGAGACCAUUCCAUGAGAAGUUCUCGUAUCAUCAAAAUAUGGAUAUCAGCGAUGAAGACGAUGAUGAUUAUCCACCUACCAUUACUAAGCCUAGAAAAGCACGGGAGUUCAUUGUGAAGGAUGCGCCUCAGGCUGUAGUGGAAUGGUACAUGAUUUCUCUUGACAAGAAAGCUGCAGUCAAGAAAUCAGAAGUCAAAGAGCAUGCAUUAGGGCAUUUAUUGGCUAUGGGGUGGGAAUUUUUUUAUAUUCAGAAGAAAACCAGGGAGGAGUUGAGAUACAAAGCUCCCAACGGUAGGGUUUAUAUUUCACUAAGAAUGGCAUGCAAAGCCUAUAUGGAAGAACAAGGUGUUGUAGUUUCCGAUCAGAUGACUCAAAUGAACGAUUCACAACCAGAAAAAGAAACUCCGUCUGAGCAAGAUUUGGGGAACGAGAAACCGCAGCCAAGAAAGGCGGCCAAAGGCACUUCACCGCGGAACCCACCAACGACGGAUUUGUCAGUGCAUUACAAUGUAGCAUCGAAGCCGGAAAAACAAACUCGGCCGUUCUCAUUUGAAGAACUUAAAUCACCAGUACUACCGGAAAAACAAACUCCGCCAGAAAAAGGAACUCCGACGUCCUCAUUUGAAAACCCUAAAGACGAAUAUGAACUCGUUAAAUCACCAGUACUACAGUCUGAGCAAGAUCUAAGGAACAAGAAACCGCAGCCGCGGAAGGCGGCGAAGGGCACUUCACGGCGGAAUCAACGAACGGCUCUGUCAUAUCUAAUGGAUCAUGAGUUAAUUUCGCCUGGAGAUAGAGUGCAUUGCAAUGUGACGAGGGACGGUCGAUUAGUGACUUGGCGAGGAUCGAUUACAAAUGAAGGCUUUAUUAAAUGCGACUGUUGCUCUAAUCUGUUCCCCAUCAGUAAAUUUGAGGCUCAUACAGGCAGUACAAAGCAUAGGCCGGCGGCCAAUAUCUUUUUGGAAGAUGGGCGAUCCUUACUUGACUGUCAAAAGCAAUUGGUUCAAAAUACUGAUCAAACUCAGAAGGAGACAAAAGCCACUAAGAAAAAGGUAAACCAUAAUGACAAUGCCGAUUCUGACACUCACUGCCCGGACAAAAACGACUGCAUCUGUUCCCUUUGUCAUUUUGGGGGUGAAUUGAUUUUAUGCGAUCUCUGUCCAGCUGCUUUUCAUGGAAGUUGCCUUGGUAUUAAAGGCAUCCCAUCUGGGAAUUGGUACUGCCCUUCAUGCUGCUGUAAAAUUUGUGGUCAAGUUUCAUAUGAUUUUGAUGAUCAGGUUUCUUCUUUUGAUACAUCUUUUGUUAAAUGUGUACAAUGUGAGCAAAACGUUCAUAUUGGUUGUGUAAAAAGCAUUCAAGUUCUUGAAGGUUCAAAUCAAAUAACCAUCGAUAGAGAAAACUGGUUUUGCACAAGAAGAUGUGAAGAUAUCCACAUGGGUUUACAGAACCUCUUAUGGAAACAAAUCCCAGUUGGGGAUGCUCGAGAAAACCUCACAUGGACGUUAAUGAAAUACUGUCCAUAUAAGGUGAGUGAACAUAACAGGAAGAAGCUGAACGAAGCUCUUGGUGUAAUGCACAAGAGUUUUCGUCCUGUGAAAGACCCCAUCACCAAAAACGACUUGAUUGAAGAUGUUUUCUUAAGCAAGAGAUCAGAAUCCAAACGCUUGAACUUUGAAGGGUUUUACACAGUGGUUUUAGAGAGGAAAAACACGGUAGUCUCAGUAGCAACAGUGAGAGUAUAUGGAGAUGAAGUGGCUGAAAUUCCUUUAGUUGCUACACGUUUGAAAUACCGCAGACAUGGGAUGUGCCGUAGAUUGAUGGACGAGCUGCAGCAUCAGCUUGUUGAAAUGGGAGUGAAGAGGCUGACAUUACCUGCUGUUCCUGAAGCCCUCAAGACAUGGACAAAAGGAUUUGGGUUCACCCAAAUGACAGAUUCUGAUAGAUUAGAGCUCAUUAAGUACACAUUCUUGGGAUUUCAGCAUACGGUGAGGUGCCAAAAGGAUUUAUUAGAGAAGAUAAGUGUCUCAAAUCAUAAAAAAUGGUGGGCAAAUAAGAAGCUGAAGCAUACUUGGUGUGUUUAGAUAAUUGGAACUCAAUUUCAGAGGCCUUUAGAUUUUAUUCAACUAAUUAGUGAUUUUUUUGGGAGUUGAAUGUGAUAUUCAAUAUUGUUUCUUUUUCUCUGUAUAGAUGAUCUUCCCAUGCUUUUUUUAAAUGCAUGCUUGGGAAGCUGUAUA